AUGGCCAGCAUGUUCUGGAAAGCUCGUACGGCCUUACUUGCCUGUUGGCUUAUCUCUAGCCUUUCAUUUGGCCUGUGUGAAGACUCGAAUGACACCAUCUUCCGUGAUAUUGCCAUCAUUGGUGGUGGCGCCUCAGGAACCUACUCCGCGAUCAAACUCCGUGACCAGGGCAAAUCAGUCAUCUUGAUUGAGAAAGAAGAUGUUCUCGGCGGCCAUACCAAUACCUACCGAGAUCCGCACACCAACACAUCUGUGGAUUAUGGCGUUCUCGUUUUCCAUGACCAGAAAGUAGUCAAAGACUAUUUCAAAAGGCUGAAUGUAUCUUGGGUGAUUACACGCCCUGAAUUCGGUGCAUCUACUCCCAAUUACCUGGACCCGAAGACUGCGAAAUCCAUCAAAUUCACAAGCUCUGAUCCAACCUCGGCUUUGGUCGCAUAUGCAACUGAACUAUCGAAAUAUCCAAAGCUUGAAGAAGGUUUCUUCCUCCCAGAUCCUGUCCCGGAGGAUUUACUCUUGCCACUUGGGAAAUUCAUCGAGAAAUACCCAGAUAUAGGCAAUGCCACAUACCUGGCAUUCAAUUAUGGCCAAGGCUUGGGAGAUUAUCUCAAGCAACCAGCGCUCUACGUGUUCAAGAACUUCGGACUAGAUAUCAUACGGGAUAUUGCCAGUGGCUUUCUGAUACCAGCCAGCGGAAACAACUACGAGAUCUACGCCCGUGCAACCAAGAUUCUCGGCUCUGACGUCCUCUUGAAAAGCGUUGUUGUCGACACCCCACGACGAGAUGAGAAUGGAGUUCAAUUGAUCAUCCGAACGCCAAAUGGAAAUCGCAAAGUGAACGCAAACAAGCUCUUGAUCACCAUCCCUCCCAAGCUGGAAAAUUUAGACAAAUUUGCCCUGGAUCGUCACGAAACUGAACUCUUCGGCAAGUUCAUGAAUACGGGUUACUACACUUGUCUAGUGAACAACACCGGACUUCCGCAAAACUUCACAUCAUACUCCGUGAGCCCUGAUACUCAGCUCAAUAUUCCCAAUCUACCCGGCGUCUACAAUAUCGUCCCAACGGCUAUCGAGGGCGUCUUCGAUGUCAAGUACGGUAGUCCGAGUACCUUACCUGAUAGCUAUGUUAAAAGCGAGAUUGCCUCGUACAUCAAACAGUUGCAGGCUGGUGGACUCGCUGAACGAGUCCCAGGCAAGCCGAAUUUCGUGGCUUUCAAAAGCCAUGCACCGUUUGAGUUGACCGUGUCUACGGAUCAUAUCGUCAACGGGUUCUACAAAGAGUUGUAUAACUUGCAGGGCUAUCGCAAUACUUGGUAUACUGGAGCUGCGUUUCAUACUCAGGAUUCGGCGAUGCUUUGGAAUUUCACUCGCUCUUAUGUGCUUCCGAGGUUAUUGGACUGA